GGCGGGGUGGGGGGCGCUCUCCUAGUGACUCAAGGCGCGCAGCGCUGGGCGCAAAGCGCCAGUCUCCGCCUUGCGAGCUCAGAGUGUGCCCGCUGCGCCGCCGCUGUCCGUACCUGCUGCCGCCGCCACCGCCACCGCCACCGCCACCAUGCCCAACUUCGCCGGCACCUGGAAGAUGCGCAGCAGCGAGAAUUUCGACGAGCUGCUCAAGGCACUGGGUGUGAACGCCAUGCUGAGGAAAGUGGCCGUAGCGGCUGCGUCCAAGCCGCACGUGGAGAUCCGCCAGGACGGGGAUCAGUUCUACAUCAAGACAUCCACCACGGUGCGCACCACUGAGAUCAACUUCAAGGUCGGAGAAGGCUUUGAGGAGGAGACCGUGGACGGACGCAAGUGCAGGAGUUUAGCCACUUGGGAGAAUGAGAACAAGAUCCACUGCACGCAAACUCUUCUUGAAGGGGACGGCCCCAAAACCUACUGGACCCGUGAGCUGGCCAACGAUGAACUUAUCCUGACAUUUGGCGCCGAUGACGUGGUCUGCACCAGAAUUUAUGUCCGAGAGUGAAGGCAGCUGGCUUGCUCCUACUUUCAGGAAGGGAUGCAGGCUCCCCUGAGGAAUAUGUCAUAGUUCUGAGCUGCCGGUGGACUGCCCUUUUCCCCUACCAAUAUUAGGUGAUCCUGUUUUCCCCAUGACAAUGUUGUAGUGUCCCCCACCCCCACCCCCCAGGCCUUGGUGCCUCUUGUAUCCCUAGUGCUCCAUAGUUUGGCAUUUGCACGGUUUCGAAGUCAUUAAACUGGUUAGACGUGU